ACAUACGCUCGUAAAACGCAGAACAUCAUCUUUUGCAGAAGCUGAAAGUUGUAAUAGCAGGAGAAAAAAAAAGGAUUACAGGUUUAUAGGAAGUUUGCAACAGUUUAUUUUUCGAAAUUAGCAACUAUAAAAGGUUCGCAAAUAUGUCGGCACCUUUGGAAAAUCUGGAAACGCAAUUGGAAAUGUUUAUAGAGAAUGUGCGACAAAUACGCAUCAUAGUUUCGGAUUUUCAGCCACAGGGACAAAAUGUUUUGAACCAGAAAAUCCAAGGCCUUGUAAGUGGACUUCAAGAAAUCAACAAAUUAAAAAAUCAAGUCCAAGAUAUCUAUGUCCCUUUCGAAGUGUUCGACUACAUUGACCAGGACAAAAAUCCACAAUUAUAUACAAAGGAUUGUGUGGAGAAGGCUUUGGCCAAGAAUGAGGAAGUUAAAGGAAAAAUCGAUGCAUACCGCAAAUUUAAAUCCAAUAUGCUGGCGGAACUCUUCAAGACGUUCCCCAAUGAAAUGAAUAUGUAUCGUGCCUAUCGCCCAGACUCUGUGUAAUAAAGUUACUAGUUGGUUGAUUAGUCGUGUAUGGAUGGAGCUGGAUGGGAGCUUGGACUGAACUUCUUCUACAACAACAUUGUACGCAUACAAAACCAAUUUAAUAUUAAGUUAAGUGAAAACAACAAAAUUGUAAUAAACCAAAACAAAAAUCUUUACUAA